AUGGACGAUGUGCUUGAUUCCGUUGGACCACGUGGGAACAAGCAGUACAGACGGGUGCGAGACAUUAGACGGCGGUACCCCAAGAACAUCGGACCAGCGGUGCACCCUCUCACCCUGCUCGGUCUACCCGAACAAGCGGUGGGUGGUACGGACGAGUUCGAGUGUGCCAUAUGCAUGGGUGACGAAUGUGCUCACGACGCGCCUCGAGUCGUUACAGGUCUCCCGUGUGGUCACGAGUUCCACCGUGAGUGUGUGCGUCGGUGGCUGCAAAACAGCAAAACGUGUCCCAUCUGUCGGUACGAGCUCCCGGACAGCGAACCUGGCUUGGAUAGGUUUGUUGCGGUGGAGACGUGGGAUGUGGAUCGGGUGCUGUCACAAGUCUCCGAUCGUGUGUCUAGAUGGACUUCGAGCGAAACGACAUGA